AUGGCUAGAAUUAAGAAAAGAGGAACCUCUGGUAAUGCUAAAAACUUCAUAACAAGAACACAAGCAAUCAAAAAAUUACAGAUUUCAUUGGCAGAUUUUAGAAGAUUAUGUAUUUUCAAAGGUAUUUAUCCAAGAGAACCACGUAAUAAAAAGAAAGCUAAUAAAGGAAGUACAGCACCAGUUACAUUUUAUUACUCAAAAGAUAUUCAAUAUUUAUUACAUGAACCAAUUUUAAAUAAAUUUAGACAACAUAAAACAUUCGCUAAAAAAUUGACAAAAUAUUUAGGUAAAGGAGAAAUAAGUCAAGCUAAUAAAUUGAACAAAAGUCAUGAAUCAAAUAAUUAUAAUUUAAACCAUAUUAUAAAAGAAAGAUAUCCUACUUUCUUAGAUGCGUUAAGAGAUUUAGAUGAUCCUUUAAAUAUGUUAUUUUUAUUUUCAAAUAUGCCAGUCACUGACAAAGUUUCAACUAAAAUCAUUUCAAACUGUGAAAAAUUGUGUAAUCAAUGGUUAGCUUAUAUUGCAAGAGAACAUGUAUUGAAGAAGGUGUUCGUUAGUAUAAAAGGUGUUUAUUAUCAAGUUACAAUAAAAGGUCAAGAAAUUAGAUGGUUACAACCUUUUAAAUUUCCAACUAAUAUACCUACAGAUGUUGAUUUUAGAAUAAUGUUGACAUUUUUAGAAUUUUAUUCAACUUUGUUGCAUUUUGUUUUGUUCAAAUUAUAUAACGAAGCUGAUUUAAUAUAUCCACCAAAAACUGAUUCAAAAAAUUUGAAAAAUUUAGGUGGUUUAAAUUCAUUUAUAUUACAAUCAAAAAAUGAAGUUAAUGGUAUAAAUAAUGAACAACAAGUUGAAGAAACAAGCAAUGAAAAGGGUAAAGAAUUAUCAUCAGAAGAAUAUAAAAAAGCUAUUGAAGCUGAUCAAGAAGAAAAAGAAGAGGAAGAUAUUAAAGAAUCAGAAGUAAAUGAUGAAUUGGAUGAGUUUAAAACAGAUAAUGAAAAAGUUGACUCAUUAAUACAACCAUCAAAAUAUCAAAGUCCAACAUCAACAUUAUUUUCAAAUUUUAUAUUUUUUAUUGGUAGAGAAGUUCCAUUAGAUAUCUUGCAAUUUUGUAUAUUAUCAUGUGAUGGUCAAGUCAUAAGUGAGAUUCAACUAGAUGAAUUAAAAAUAAAUGAUCCAAAAGCAUAUGAAAAAUUGAAUUUAGAUAACAUAACUCAUCAAAUAAUAGAUAGACCUAAAAUUUUGAAUAAAGUACCUGGUAGAACUUAUAUUCAACCACAAUGGAUUUUUGAUUGUAUCAAUAAACAAGAGUUAAUAAAUGUUAAUGAUUAUGCACCUGGUGAAACUUUACCACCACAUUUGUCACCAUGGGGAGACGCUGGUUCUUAUAAUCCAAAUAAAGAAGAUGAUAAACAAGGAGCAGUAGCGGAAGAAGAAGAAGAAAGUGAGGAAGAAAUUGAAGUUGAAGAAGAUGAUGAAGAUCAAGAAGAAGAUGAAGAGGAAGAAAUUAUGGAUGAUGAUUUGAAAGCACAAAAAGAAUUGGAAUUGGAAGCUAAAGGUAUUAAAUAUUCAGAAAUUGAAGAUAAGAAACCAAAACAAAAGAAACAACAAUCAAAGAAAGAAUUAGAUGAAGAAAAAGAAUUGAAGAAGAUUAUGAUGACAAAUAAACAAAAGAAACUAUACAAGAAAAUGCAAUAUGGUAUUGAAAAGAAAGAAAGUAGAGAUAAAGAAUUAACCAAAAAAAGAAAACAAUUAGAUAAAAAGAAAAAACAAUUAAAGGAAUUAUAA